AUGGGUAGGCGUAAGAUUGAUAUAGAGCCUAUUUCAGAAGAUAGGAAUAGAUCUGUGACGUUUAUUAAACGUAAAGCUGGUUUGUUGAAAAAAGCUUAUGAAUUAUCGGUGCUAUGUCAGGUAGACGUAUCGUUGAUCAUAUUGGGUACGAAUAAAACAAUUUAUGAAUUUAAAUCAAUGGAAAAUAUUGUAGAUUUUUUAAAAUUUUAUGAAGAUAAUGAAAAUAUAUUGAAUCAUAAUAUAAAGACUCCUACUGAUUAUGGCGGGAAAUAUAAGAAGACUCAUGUUUACGAUGCAAUUAGAAAUAAUAAGUCAACCAUAUUUAAUAAAAAACCAAGAAAACCAUACACUAGAAAGGUAAAAGUAGAGGCGACAUCAAAAGAUGGACAAGAUCAGAAAGUUGAUAACCAUGAUAAAACUAAUUCGAAAAAUACUAAUAGAAUAAGUCAUACUGAUAUAAUAAGAAAUGAAGAUGAGGACGAUGAUAAUAAUGACGAGGAUGGUGAAAAUAUAAACGAUGACAAUAACAAUGAUAAUAACAAUGAUGAUGACGAUGAUGACGACGAUGAUGACGACGAUGACUAUGAUGAUGACUAUGAGGAUUCCGAUAACAACUAUAAACAUAGAAGAAUGAACCAUAAAAAAUCAUUAUCCAAUAUUUCAUAUACUACAGACUCCAGCUCUUACACUAAUCAAAACCCCUCAAAAAGAAGCUCUUCAAAUUAUGAAGAUUCCAUGACGGAAAAUGAGUAUAAAAAGGUUAAAGUUGCAGAUCAUUUUAAAAGCUUGUAUCAAGCUGUCCCUUCAAGAAGCUCUGAAGGUUCUGUCUCGAACAGUUUUAAUGAUAGGUUUGUCAAUGUGGCCUACACUUCAUCUAGAUCACAAACUAACUCCAACUUAACGGACACUAAUUUAACAAAAAAUGAUUCCUCUAGUCCUGGUUUAAAUCUUAAAAAUAGUGGACUGGCAUCAUCCAAAGUUUCUAUGCGACCAGUACUAAGAGUGCAAAUACCGAAUGGGAACGCUAAUAAUAAUUCUAAUCCGAAUAAAGCUCGUUUAAAUGAGUCGGUGGAUACUACUAAUGGACCACCUUUGUCUUCAAAUUCUUCUGCAGGAAGUAUGAAUAGUAUACAGUAUGAUAACCAGCGACAUCAAGGCAAAAUCUCACAAUACCAUAAUAACGAAAAGGAAAAUACAGACGAAACUAAAACAGAUGAUAAUACCUCAAUUCCAAAUUCUGGUACAAUCUCUGAUGUUGCAUUAUCUAUGGAACAAAAAGAUCGAUUGAGAUCAAACUUAAAAUCACCAUCAUCUAGUGGAUAUGGUUUACCACCAGUAUUUUCUGCCUUUUCAGCUCAACAACAAUAUAUUGCUACUCCAUUACAAUCAUUCACAAAUAAUGCUAACAAGUUGAAAGAUGAUAAUAUUCCAGAAAGUGCGACACAGACUGGAGGUCUAAAUGGAAAUUCCUAUAAUUAUUUUUUUCAACGGCAAUUACAAAUGUCUCAGCAGGCACAACAAAAUCAUUAUUCAGCGCAGUAUGGGCAGUCACAACAAGCUCAAAAUAAUGCUGUAUCAGCUUCAAAUAAGACACAAAAUAUAGCAUCACAAGAUCAGCAAGCACAGCCGCCGCCACCACUACAUCAGCUUCAGCAGCAGCAGCAUCAGCAACAAAAUACAGCAUUUAAUGGACCACCAACAGGGCCACCAACAGGCAAUUUACCUUCAAAAUUUGUGCAUGAUCUAAUAUUCCCAUCGCCUAGUACCUCAAUGUCAAUGUUUCAAGAUUGGUCGAUAAAACAAGAAUCAUCACCAAGCAGUGCCACUGGUAAUAAUAAAAGGGAUAACGGUAUCCAUUCUAUGAGUGGGAAUACUGGAUUAACACCAUUUAUCACUUCAAAUCAGCCUCCUUCUGCAACAGGAAGAUUCUUUAAUUUUUCAAAUGAGGCCAAUGAAGAUAAUAAUAAAUUAAACAAACCGCCAUAUAAUAGAAACGAAGGGGAUACGACAAGAAAGGAAUGA